AAAUUAUUCCACCUGGUUUCAAUAUUGUCUUAAAUCAAUGAUACAUAAUUUUUUAAUUUAUUCAAUAUCGUAAUACGUAAACGAAUGGCAGCGCUAAAAAUUAAAGGUAGUUGUGUAUAAAUCAGCUUGAACAAUACAGAUCACAUAUAACUUGAACCGUAGAGCCACACGGUCUAUUGCGAUGAACUACAAAUGCACGAGCUACACGGUGCCUCGCAGUUCUCAGCUUGAGACACGAAUCAUAACUCUAUGCAAGUAUAAAUUGAGCCUAGCAGUGAGCCGGUUUACUACUGUUUUGCUUUACAUUGCUUUACACUUGUGAAUAAAAAAGUUUUACUCCACAAUUCUUUAUCACCUGACAUACGUAUGUACACAGAACAUGGAUGACCAUGUAUAAAGAGUAUCUAGAUUAAUACAAAAGUGCAACCACUAAGCGUUCCUCUUGGUACAAAAAAGACCCGUACCCGUGGAGAGUAGCUUCAGAAUUGGGCCCAACAUAAUGUUGGACUUGAAAUUCGAAACUAUAAUUAUAAUUUUAUAUACUAGUACAUAAAAAAGUUUCAUUUUAAUCAUGAGAAAUUAUUAAGUCAGAGAAAGCUAGAAAGCAUCUCUGGCAAAUACUGUAAACUCAGAAUUUUGUACACCCGACUGAAUGAAUCGAUCAAUCCUUAUCGCAAUUAGAAACAAUGUUUUACGAGCGCUUGUUCAUUAUGAUUUCCGUAAACAAUGAGACAAUAUUAUUUUUUUCUCUAACUGCGACUUCCAUCCGUGAAAUUAAAUUCAUUAGUACAAUAGUACGAUCAAAUCUUUCGAAGUGCACAAUGCUAUCAUGUUUCGAUUACACAAUUCAAAUUGCUUUGUUUACGAUACAUGCUGUAAAUUCCUUAUCCAUAUUGAACAGUCAUGGAUACGCCAUGGAAAAUAGUGGAUCGGAAGCCGAGGUUACAAGUCUUUUAUCAUCAAAAUCUUAUGUGCCCAAGGAUCGGGACUUACCAAAGACGCUCGUCAAGAAUAUUGAAAAUGAUGGAACUUAUAUUUUAUCAAAGUUAUCGGAUGAACAGUUAAUAAAAUUGUUAAGCGAACAGCCAACAAAAAAUGAAUAUUAUCUGAGUGAUCUCAUCAAAUUAGCUGUUGGUAAUACGGCCAAGGAUGACAAUAAAAUGAUUCCUGAUUUAGGCAAAAGUAAAGUACACGAUAAUAUGUUGAACAAUGGUUUUGAAAUGCAAUCCAACUUUAAAAAUAGGUUUCGGACAAUAGAAAAGCCAACAAUUGGAAAAGCUCAGUCUGCUUACUUUAGACUUGAAAACAAAGAAGUUGAUCCAUAUCACGUAAAGAACGAAGCUGAUUACGCCGCUUUCCAGAAGAUAAACAACUUGCUGUAUAGUCGACCUCAAGUUGACGAAUUGAGUGAAGAAGACGAAGAGAAGAAAGAAUUACUUUUCGAUGUUUUAGUGGCACAACUAAAGUCUCUAUGUUGUAAAAAAUCAAAGAAAAAACGGAAAAACAAGAAGCAAUACUUAAGCCAAUUUUUACCUCGAGCACCUAUAUCGAAAAUGUAUGCAGAAGAUUUAAAGCCACCUCAAUUGCUAAAUGAAUACAUGUUUUUAAUAAUGAAUGAAGAAGUUCGAGGUAAUGGUAGUGAAGAACUUAUAUCGGUAGAUCCUGAAAGUCUUGAAAAAAAUAGCAGUGUUUUAUUACUAGGUCCUAUAACAACGCCUUUGACCGAUAAUCAGUUAAAAACAGUUAUGACGAGAAUUUCUAAUGAAUUAUCGAAGCAAGAAUACGUCCCCCUUCUACAGCAAUUAGCGGAGGGUUCAGUUAGCAGUGGUCACUUAAAUUUAUUAAAAAACGUAAUGCACAGUCCACUAACUAGGCGUUACAUAAAACCCCAUAGAUGUAAUCAUCAAUCUAAACUCGCAAAAGUAUAUGGGGGCCCAAAAUGGAUAAUUUGUACCGGUUAUUUGAAUAUUAAUACACCAAGUUUAUACGAUUAGAACAAUUUACGAAAAUUUGACGUCUUUUUAAUAGUUUCCUAGCUUGAAAGAUAUAUUCAUUGUUUAAUAGAAAAAACACUGCGACAUGAUUUACUUAAUAAAUAC